UUCAUUUUAUGGGAGGAAAGAAAAUUAAAAAAUAUGAUAUAAAUAUGACAAAGAAAAUUGCAUUGAAAAAAAGAAGAAUUGUGUGUUUUUACAAAGUGCACAGUAUGUUUUUCUGCUUUCAAUUUUUGCAAGAAUCCAGUCUGAUGAUCACAGUGUCUCCUCUGCCACUGCUCCCUGCUCUGAGCACAUGAGGCAGCCUGACAGACGCUUCUCCUGGAAGCAUGUGGACGUAUCAGAUGAUAAGGUGGACUAAAGCCUAUAAAUACGGCUGCCUGAGUCUCCCGGUGAGCCAGUGUUUAAACUCUGCUGCACCACCUGAUGAUCUCUGCUGUCUGAACCCCAGCGUCCUUCCCUCUGCGUUAACGGGUCGUUAUUUAGAUUCAACUCUUCUCAUAUGGAGAGAAGCGCCGCCAGAAGAGACACAUUUUCACGUCUUUUAGUGUGUGAGUUAAUCGCGUCCUCGAUGUGUUGAAACGAUGUCUCCCUGUGCGUAAAAUGCCGCGCUUAGUGCGUCCUGGCGCGGACGAUUCCUUGGAAAAUGUGCGGUGUCAGUCGCGCUUCCUUCACGCCCCGCUGCUGUGGGUCGGUGCUGAGCAGGAGUGGCAUCUCGGCGACAAAAUCUGGAUGAAAGAGCGUCCUUUAGAGCUCAGGCAUGCAUCGAGUAGUGAGAUCAUUGGCGUUAUAAAUAUCCCCGUGCCAGCAGAACUACUCCAGCUACUGCAGCCGGGGUAAUGCCCAGGAGCGCUGCCUGCGUGUGUGCGCGCGGUUCGUGGUGCCCAGACCUCAGGAGCGACACCAAAAUGCUGGAAGUGGCCUAGCGAGUGUCUCCUCUUUGGAAGAAUGAAUGUUCCUCUUUACCUUCUGACCGUCGCUCACUUGAUUUGCGCCGCCGCCGGAGCAGAGCACGUCUCUUUGGAGCGCCAACUUCUGGAGGAGGGGAUCCGUUCGGGACGCAGGACUUGCAGGCUCUACUGCAGGGUUGGCAUCGGCUUCCAUCUCCAGAUUCAUCCCGACGGCAGAGUCAACGGCAGCCAUGAGCCCAACCAGCUGAGUGUCCUGGAGCUCUUCGCGGUUUCUCAGGGGGUCAUCGGCAUCAAAGGGGUCUACAGUAACAGAUUCCUGGCCAUGAAUAAAAGAGGACGGCUCUACGCCACUGAGUGGUUCACAGAUGACUGCAAGUUCAGGGAACGUUUCCAGGAGAACAGCUACAACACUUACGCCUCAAUCAUCCACAGGAACCACAGGACUGGUCGCGAGUGGUUUGUGGCCCUCAAUAAAAGAGGGAAAGCCAAAAUGGGCUCCAGCCCGCGGGUCAAAUCCCAACAUGUCUCUACACACUUCUUGCCCAGGGUCAGUCUGCACGACAAGAGCGAGCGAGGCUUCACCAUCACAGACAGGAGCAAAGAGAGGAGGAAAACCCCGCCGCCGCCUCCACCAAAACCUCCUCUGGCGAAGGCUGUCCACGCAGGGACAGCACCGAGACGUACGCAAGUCAAGUACUGGCCCAAGUAUCGGUUUGGAUAGACGUCAUGGGGUUUGGCUCUAUCUGGGGGACACAGAGAUCACAGACUUAUAGUGAUGGACGUGCCCAAAAACCUGACAAGGGUCACUGUUGACAUUCGAAGCAUUCCGGGUAUCUAUGACAUGUGUGACAAACCUCAAAGGGCUGCCAGGUACAACUACUGAACUUCUCUUUGCUGAAGCUAUGAUCAUAGUUGGGAAUUUCCACCUGAGCUGAUGAUGCUCUGUCCUGUUUUAUGUUCUCAUACGUGUUCAUGUUG